CCAACAACUAUACACCAUGUCGAGCGUACCAAAGACAGCCCCAACCACAAAUCCAUCUUCGACACCUCUCUCCCCCGAAGCACAAGCAAUCAAAGAAGGGUUCGAGCGGAUGGGUACGAUACACGAUCCUCGGGCUGGGAUGGGGAGGAUUCCAGGGCCUCCAGCUGAUUCGGACUCUGAUGCACCUCCACCACCCAGGCCGAUGGGGAUGGGAAUGGCCCCAGGACGCGGCGUUGAUAAGGACGCCGAGGAGCCACUCUCGCCUGAAGCGCAGGCUAUCGCAGAUGGGUUUAAGAAGAUUUUGGGUGGACAAUCCGAUCCGCGGAUGGGGUACGGAAGGAUACCACGACAAUCUGAGUCUGAGUAGUGGUGAGUCUUCACAUUGUGGAGGCAGGUGUUGUACGAUUAUACCUAUGUGAACUUUACUUGGUACGCUGAAGUAGGAGGAGUUGUUAUAGAAAGAAGAACUGCUAUAUGUUGUACAAUAUACAAGAUGAUGG